GGAGGUUGGAUCGACUGUGUGCAAGAGCAAAAUAAAGAAAAAGAAGCGUCAAGCCCAUAUCGAAUUUCAUUCUCGGUUAGAUAACGAUCUUAACGAUGGUUAUUAUGAAAGAUCAGGAGACGAAUCUGGACAGGGUAGUGAAGUUGAUGAUAACCUAUCUCGAGAGGAGACACAAGUAUCCUACCCAACGAUCCAUGAACGAACCAACGAACAAGCCAAUAAUUAUAAUGUCCAGUAUGUUUUUGCAAACAUAAUGGCUUUUCCGGCUUUAAAAGAAUAUUGCGAAAUAUUAAAACAAUUAGAGGACCAUCAUCUUGAAGAAGAGUCUCAGCGUGUCAGACACCUUUUCAAAUUACUUUCUUGGUCAGUUGUGGACAGUAAAUUGUUCCCGGCACAGAAUCCUAUAUGCUAUCCAGACCUAUGGAAACCGACUGCAAAUUUUGGUAUUAUAAUUGCAGCUUUAAAAGAUACCCGACAUCAAAAACUGCAAGAUGCUGUUCCAGUAUUAAAUAGAAUCAUAAGAGAAGGUAAAAUAGGAAUAGUGCGGUCAGGUAUUAUAAGUACGAUACAACGUUGGUUGGGUUUAGAGCCUGCUGAUUUCGUUAUUGAUGCACCAACAGCUUUGUCCGCAUUGACAUCAAUCCUACUAUUCGUACCUUCACCAGUUCGCCCUGGUGCUGAUCCCUCCGAAAAUCAUUUUAAAUCUCAGUUAUGGACAAAAAUAUUAUCGGAUGCAUUUUCUCUUAAUGUUGAUCCUUUUGAUUCUACAUGGGAACUCCAUCAUCAAAUUCCUGGUGAUAGUGGAAAGGGAUCAGCCAGGUCAGAUUUUGCAUGUGUUGCUAUUUCUCUUAUCACAAAGGAGCAGUACCCUUUUUUUAUCUUGGAGUUUGAAGUUGGUGGUGUGCAGGUCCAUAAAGAUUAUGCUGUUGUUAUUGCUGAAGCGUCUCAUGCCCUAAACCGCAUACUUUCGACGCAUAUGUUUUCAGAAUCGGAAAUAUCCUUGAUCCGAGUGCAUGUUGCUUUAGUAAAUAAUGCUCAUAUACGUCUUGGAAUAUUAAGACCUCUCUACAGCCAGGAAUAUAAUACCACCUUAUAUAUUUAUGAUCAAGAUGUCAAGAGCUUUGACCUGCAAUCAAACUGCAUUGGAACUAAUAUCGAGAACGUAUUCAAAUUAAUAGUUUACCUGAGGCAGGUUGUUUGUAAGGAUGGCCUGUAUCUGAGAAAUCUUCUUGGCGAAAGGAUUUCCGAAAAAAAACGAAAAUUUAAUUUUGGAUUGCCAAGGCUUCCAUCGGAGGCAGAAAAAUCCAGAUUACCGAAGGUUAAUUUCACUCCAAAAGCCAAAAGAGUUAGAUAUGAGGUGUAUAGUACUUAUGCUGAAGAAUUACGUGAGUCAUCUCCUUCACCCAAUUAUUGUGAUAACCUUUCAAUGUUACUUGAAGAAAGCUGUCCAAGAAACGUAAAUCAACAAGUGAUUGAUGAAAUUGACUCGUCAAUAACUGGUUCUUCGUCAAUGAAGAUUAGUAAUUUAUUGAAUUAAUUAAUGGAUAUCACUUUGUCUCAAAACUAUUAGAGUUUGGUCAUGUGCUUUUUAUCUUUAUACAGUUUACAUAUUUUAACGCAUUUUAAUAA